UCGAGACGCGUUCCGCUGAGGGCAACACGCGUUUUCCACUCCCAACUUCUUCAACACCGUUCAGUUUCAAUUUUAAUCCGACAUUCACGAUUCCCAUCACCAAAUCACCGACCCGGACAAGGAAUACCGUUGCCAGCCGUCGAGACGUCUCGAUCGCCGUGUUCGAUCAUUGUUCGAUCUCUGUUCGACGUAGGUCUAGUAGGGCUACACAAGCAACCACCGUCCAAAUUGCAUGACGGGUACAGGCUCGACAGGUCGUUCAACAGGCUGUUCAACAAAGGUCAUUGCAUGUUUUAGACUCCCUGAUCGCUAAAUAUCCCGAGACUCUACGGCAAUCAAGAACCCCUCUGGUCCCUGUUCUGCUUUCUUCCACCCGCCUUCUACGCCUCAACGGUCCAGCUCUUUAUCUGCAAGGCAGCCCAACCGACGCCGGUACACUGCUGCUCACCUGGGGACACACAGUGACACUGACUGCCAAGCCCCCCCGGCCAACAUUACGCACCAUCAUAUUCGAUUGAAGGGUUUAUCGGCACGACAGCGGAUCGCCCAGCAUAGAGCAAGCUAUCACGGACACCUAGCCAGCGGCCACCUAUACCCAGCCGAGCCACCUCAAUACCGCGCAUUCCAGCAUCAUGCCACCCGGGCGACUUGUUCAGGGUUCGCGCCGCCCUCAGCCAACUGCCUCCGCGUCCACAUCAGCCCACAAUGGGUCCGACCUGCCCCCCUAUGAGCCUCCCUCGCAUCCAAUGAACGAUGCAGGCAGACAGGCCCUGGCCAACCUCACCAACAACAACGCGGAGAUGCGCAAGUACGAGGACCAUCUUUCCAAAUCCGCUACCUACUUGCGAGAGGCCGUUGGCGCCAUCAACGAUACCCUGUUUGCUCGUAAAUCACAGCUGACGGGCAAGAUCGAAAAGCGACGUGGCCGUGGCGAAUCUGAAAAGGGCGAAGACGAGGCCGAGCUCGAGGAAUACGUCAACAAGCUACAUGGAGACGUGACCCAUUUGACUGAUGAGAUCGAGGCUGCCUUGCGACAGGUUAUUGACUACCGUGCCGAAGUUCAGCGCGAGAAGUUAGUUCUGGGCUCGGUGGCAGACCAGGUACAGAGCGAAAAAUCCCGCCGGGAACGCCCCUCACGGAAACGGAAAGCUGCACAGCGGGCCAGCGGUGAUAGUGAUGAGGAGAUGGGUGGUGUCGAUGCCGAGCCUGAAGAGGCAGAGGCCGUCGGAGCUAAGGACGAGGCCCCUCUGACCGGCGUGCGCGAGGCACUCCACAAGGCAAGAGAUUCCAACGCGAGACAGUACCGUGCCACGAGUGCUUAUGACCGUUACGCUUCCAACAACGAGUAUAUCGCUUUCAAAAAGAUGUGGCAUGAUGCCCAGCAUCCCGAAGACCAAGUGCCCCUUCCCGAUGCGUCCACCUGGUUUGAUAACCAAGGCAGGCCUAUUUGGGAUGGUGCCCCGGCGGGCGAUGAGGACCUCAUUAUCGAGCGCGAGGUCCAGGACCUCACUUGCAAGUUAACGCUUCGACCCUUGAAGGAGCCAUACGCCAACCACAAAUGCCCACACGUUUUCGAGAAAACCGCAAUAAUGGAGUACUUGAGAGGCACUGGGGGCAAAGCACAGUGCCCUGUGUGCACCAAGGAGCUUCGCAUCAAGGACCUGUAUCUUGAUGAACUCACAUUGCGCAAGGUCAAGCGAGCUGCUCGAGCAGCAAGGGAAAGCGAGGACAGGAGCUCCAAUGCUGAUCCCGACGAACAAAUGGAUGAAAGCGUCCUCAUGGGUGAGAGUACCCAAUUACGGUCAGGCCGUGCGAACAACGGGGUGAAACAGGACGAUUCUGAGUGAGAAAGGUUGUCUUUUGCAUCGAGCUAAUGAGGGCGGCCGCUACAUAGCGGAGUCUAUUCCACCCCUGAUCAAACCCCAGCAGGCGAACCACACCUUCGGCAGUUAGCGCGCACUGUUUGUUGUCACCUCAGUAGAGACGUUGCCAUGCCUUGCAUUCGAUGUUGAUCAUAUUGAAACCAGUCUCGGGUAACCGUUUAGUGUAGGGUGGUUGCUUGAAGAGAUAAACCCUCGAUACUCCAUAUGUAUGUGUACGUCCACCGUACCCCUAUCGUGCUUCGAAGGGUACAAUGCCCGCUGUACCGGAGGAGACAAAAAAAAGGGGAAAAAAA